CGGGCCCCCGCCGCCGCCGCCGCCGCCGCCGCCGGGCCGGGUCGCGCCAGCUGCGGCCGCCACCGGGCGAUGAGAUGACAACGACCACCCUGCAGAAAGCCAUCGAUCUGGUGACCAAAGCCACCGAGGAGGACAAGGCCAAGAACUACGAGGAGGCGCUGCGGCUGUACCAGCACGCCGUGGAGUACUUCCUGCACGCCAUCAAAUAUGAGGCGCACAGCGACAAAGCCAAGGAGAGCAUCCGUGCCAAGUGCGUGCAGUACCUGGACCGGGCCGAGAAGCUGAAGGAGUACCUGCGCAGCAAGGAGAAGCAGGGCAAGAAGCCCGUCAAGGAGGCACAGAAUGACGCCAAGGGGAGCGACAGCGACAGCGAGGGCGAGAACCCGGAGAAGAAGAAACUGCAGGAGCAGCUGAUGGGUGCCAUCAUGAUGGAGAAGCCCAAUGUGCGGUGGAGCGACGUGGCUGGCCUGGAGGGAGCCAAGGAGGCCCUGAAGGAAGCCGUGAUCCUGCCCAUCAAGUUCCCACAUUUGUUUACUGGGAAGCGCACACCCUGGCGAGGGAUCCUGCUCUUCGGGCCUCCUGGCACUGGGAAGUCCUACUUGGCCAAGGCUGUGGCCACUGAGGCCAACAACUCCACUUUCUUCUCCGUGUCGUCCUCGGACCUGAUGUCAAAGUGGCUGGGAGAGAGUGAGAAGCUAGUGAAGAACCUCUUUGAGCUGGCAAGGCAGCACAAGCCCUCCAUCAUCUUCAUCGAUGAGGUGGACUCACUGUGUGGCUCCCGCAAUGAGAAUGAGAGUGAGGCAGCCCGGCGCAUCAAGACAGAGUUCCUGGUGCAGAUGCAGGGUGUGGGCAACAGUAGUGAUGGGAUCCUGGUGCUCGGUGCCACCAACAUCCCCUGGGUGCUGGACUCGGCCAUCAGGAGGAGGUUCGAGAAGCGCAUUUACAUCCCAUUACCUGAGGAGGCAGCCCGGGCCCAGAUGUUCAAACUGCACCUGGGCAACACCCCACACUCUCUGACGGAUGCUGACAUCCACGAGCUGGCACGGAAGACAGAUGGCUACUCUGGGGCUGAUAUCAGCAUCAUUGUGCGGGAUGCCCUGAUGCAGCCUGUCCGCAAGGUGCAGUCAGCUACGCACUUCAAGAAGGUCCGCGGUCCCUCCCGCACCAACCCCAACCUUCUGGUGGAUGACCUCCUGAUGCCGUGCUCGCCUGGGGACCCGGGUGCCACCGAGAUGACCUGGAUGGAGGUGCCCAGUGACAAGCUGAUGGAGCCCAUCGUCUGCAUGUCGGACAUGCUGCGUUCUCUGGCCACCACCCGUCCCACCGUGAACACUGAGGACCUCCUGAAGGUGAAGAAGUUCACAGAGGACUUUGGGCAGGAAGGUUAAGGGCCGUGGUGGAUGAUGGGGCCCCGCUGCUCCCAGGCAGGCGGCUGUGCCAAACAGGUUCAUCUGCAGCUCACAACCCAACCCAUCUCACUUCAGCACCAGGCAGGGAAGGGGGCACGCUGCCCUGGCAGGGCCGACAUUAACAGAGGCGUCCCAGCGCUCCUCUGCUCCUCACUCUUCUUCCUGCUCCUUUUUUAUUUUUUAAAUUAAUGCUGCUUUGGGUUCUGUCUUGUUUAUAUGAAAAUAAAAACAAUCUGAAAGCUUC